UCGUAGCUAAUCGGGUGGAAUUGUGCUUAGGUUGAAGUUUUGUGCCCCUUUCGCGAUUGUGAUACACGAUUGCGAAUAAAGCGUGGAACAAGGCAGUAAGAAAAUCGAACCAUCCGUGCGCGGGUCAACCAGGUGCAACGAUAGCCCUUUCCUGUAUGCUCUUAGUACUUAGCGCGCCCGGGUCUCUAAUUGUGUGCGAAAGAUUCGAGCGGCGCUGGAAAUAAUUGCGCACAUUUGUCCGUGCCCGUUCGUGCCACCACAUUCUUCCACUGCUGAUCUCGUAAUCCGACACGCACGCAACUGUUCCCUCAGCAGAGUUCGAAAACAACAGCGCAAUAAUAAAUAAAAAAAGCGAAAGCAACAAAGACAGCCCAGAAGGCGAAAGGUAUAAGUGCACGAUAGUGUAGUAGUCAUAAUCAUAGGUGGCCGUUAACGAUGGGCAGGAAAUUGGCGCACCAUCUGGUGCUGGUAGGUGCAUUGCUAGUGCUAGCUGUCGAAAGUUUCUCGCGGGCAUUGCAAGAAGCCGAUGAUUAUACCGCUCAGCAUCACCAUCUGAGAAGUCAGCAUCAGCGCCAGCAUCAGCACCAGCAGCAGAAUCUCCCGCACCACCACAACAACAACCAUCACCACCACACCCACAGGCAACGGUCGGAGCAAAGUAGAAGCCGGAACCAGACGUCCUUAAGCUACUCGCUAAUAAGUGGCCCCGGGUACGGUGGUAAUGGCGCUGGCACCGAUUAUCGGCCACCGUACCAGGGAACGGUGCAACAGCACUGGGCACAUGGUCAGCCCCAAGGUGGACAUCGGGAGACUCCACCCCAGCAUCGGCGCCAUCACCGUGGUCAGUCGCCGCCUCAGCAGCAACCGGGUGCGAAUGGUUGGCGUAGGACAUCCCGGAAUGGUAGCGCACCCGCGAUACGUCCGGUCAACCGGAUGCUAACGCGAAGUGGUACGACCCUGUCCGGAGGAUCGCGCCACAGUAACUCAUCGUGCAACAGAAACGUGUGCAUCGUUUACAUCCAUCCGAAGUCGGUGAUAAAGUCGUACCCCAACGAACGCUGCACGGAUCCGUCCAACUGUUCCGGGCAUCGGACGUACUUGGUGCCGGUUACAAAGCGGGCCUGUUGCCCUGGCUGGGACACAACAACAACCGUCGCCGAUGGGUGUUUUAAGCCUGUCUGUCAAACACCUUGCCGAAAUGGAGGUCGAUGUACUGCACCGGAUCGCUGCACCUGUUCGGCGGGAUAUACCGGCAAGUAUUGCGAGCUGGACGUGAACGAGUGUAAAGAGCACAAACCGUGCGAUCAGACGUGCUACAAUACCGAAGGCUCGUACUACUGUACGUGCCGCGAAGGGUUUAUGCUGCAGAGCGAUCGGCAAAGUUGCAAACAGAUCGUGGAAACGAACGACCUCGCUACAGAAGCGCGCGAUAUGGAGAAUGAUCUGAACGUCGACUACGACAGUCUGGAUAUUCGAUUAAGGAAGUUGGAACAGAUGGCUUCCCGUGACGAUAGACAGGAGCUUAACAAAAAGAUUCAGUACGCGAUGGAUGCUGUGUCGGUGCUAAAGUCACAGGUGUCACGAUUGAGCCAACGAAUAUUUCCCUCGGUAAAUUACGGUAACCGGGUACACUGAGGUAGCAGACGCGCGACUCUAUCGGGACAAAUAGAGCAUUUUCUCAUACGACGCAAUGGUUGGCUGUCUAGUAGCAGC